AUGGCGUCCACUGUAACAGCCGCCAAUAGCCAUGGAAGCGUCCUGCGUACCCGUACCGCCCCCUCCUGCAGGCAGCUCGCAGGUGAUUUCGGCUUCGAUCCCCUGGGCCUCGGCGAGGAUCCGGCAAGCUUGAAGUGGUACGUUCAGGCCGAGCUCGUGCACUGCCGCUUCGCUAUGGCAGGGGUCGCCGGCAUCCUUUUCACUGACUUGCUCCGUGUAUCAGGGAACAGCGACCUCCCCGUGUGGUUUGAAGCAGGUGCGGCGAAAUUCGACUUCGCAAACACCACGGCGCUCUUCUUCGUUCAGCUUCUCUUGAUGGGAUUCGCUGAAACAAAGAGGUACAUGGACUUCAAAAAUCCAGGAUCACAAGCAGAGGAAGGAACAUUCAUAGGGUUAGAGGCUGCACUUGCAGGUCAACAGCCAGGCUACCCUGGGGGUCCACUGUUCAAUCCACUAGGACUUGCAAAGGAUAUAGAGAAUGCUCAUGAAGAGAAGCUGAAAGAAAUCAAGAAUGGGAGGUUGGCAAUGGUAGCCAUGCUUGGUUUCAUGGUGCAAGCAUCAGUAACUCAUGCCGGCCCUAUCGACAAUCUUUUGACACACCUUUCGGACCCGUUCAACAAAAAUAUCAUCCACGCAUUCUCCUCUUCCUAA